GUUCGAUGCCUACAAAAAGCUUGAUGCCAGCAAAGUUUAAACAUUCUGGUUUAGCCAUUGAUAUCAGCAGGUGCCAGCUCCGAUUUCAGUAGUACUUUGUCGACUGUUAGUUAGUUGUUCCAAGUGAGACAUGUCUUCAACUGCCGGAAAAGUAAUCAAAUGUCGGGCAGCGGUUGCCUGGGCGCCUAAAACGCCACUUGUUAUUGAAGAAGUCGAAGUUGCUCCACCCAAAGCCAAUGAAGUUCGCAUAAAGAUAGUUGCCACUGGAGUUUGCCAUACAGAUUCUUCAUUUUUGAAUGGAAUCUUUGUACGUGGUGUUCGUUUUCCAAUUAUUUUGGGACAUGAAGGCGCUGGAAUUGUUGAAAGUGUUGGUGAAGGAGUGACCAAGUUUCAGCCAGGCGAUCAUGUCAUACCAUUGUACGUACCACAAUGUUUUGAAUGCCGUGUCUGCACGGCAGACAGGACAAAUCUCUGUGAGAAGAUUAAGGGAACCCAACAACAAUGUGUGAUGCCAGAUGGAACUAGUCGAUUCACCUGUAAGGGGCAAACUGUGUAUCAUUCGAUGGGAACGUCAACUUUUUCGGAAUAUACAGUGGUUGCUGAUGUAUCAUUGGCUAAGAUUGACAAGAGAGCUCCGUUAGACAAAGUGUGCUUGAUUGGGUGCGGCAUAUCGACAGGAUAUGGAGCCGCUCAACGGGCGGCAAAGGUCGAGAAAGGCAGUAUUUGUGGCGUUUGGGGUCUUGGUGGUAUCGGUUUAGCAGCAGUUUUGGGAUGCAAGAAUGCCGGGGCCUCCAGAGUUUUCGGUAUAGAUAUCAACCCUAAAAAACGUGAAAUUGCUGAGAAAUUUGGUUGCACGGACUUUAUCAACCCGUUGGAUUAUCCAGGACAAAACAUCGAAGAGGUUUUAAUAGAAAAGACUGGGGGCGGUUUUGAUUACACCUUCGAAUGUAUCGGAAAUAUCAAUACAAUGAGAACCGCAUUCAUGUCAUCGAAUCCAUCGUGGGGUGUUAACAUUUUGAUUGGCAUUUCUUCAUACGAGAAAGAAUUAAGCCUGUUCCCUGUGGAUAUAGUUUGUGGGCGUACUUUGAAAGGAACAUUCUUUGGAAGCUACAGAGGCUAUGAUGAUGUUCCAAAAUUGGUACAAGAUUAUUUGGAUAAGAAGAUUUUGAUUGACGAAAUGAUCUCGCAUACAAUGAGAUUGGACAGUAUCAACGAUGCACUACAUUACAUGCAUUCUGGUGACAGUAUUCGAAGUGUUGUGCUUUAUUAAACUGGAAUUUGACUGAAACACGAAUUUGGUAUCGACCCGGCUAAUCUAUGAUCAAUUCUAAUGUUAGGUAUGGAUAUCCAAUGGAAUAAUAUAAUUAUGUUGUAAUACAUU